UCCUACAUAAACAGAAAUGCAGAAAACAACACAAUCAACACGGUGGCCCUUAGAAAUGCGGCAGAUAUCUCCGUUAUUGUGGUCUACUUUCUUGUUGUCCUGGGGGUCGGAGUAUUGGCUAUGAUCCGCACCAACCGAUCCACUGUAGGUGGCUUCUUCCUUGCAGGGAGGAGUAUGGUUUGGUGGCCGAUCGGAGCAUCGCUGUUUGCCAGCAAUAUUGGCAGUGGCCACUUUGUAGGAAUCGCUGGUACUGGCGCAGCUGCAGGAAUAGCCAUUGGUGGAUUUGAAUGGAAUGCUCUUGUUGUGGUUGUCAUUCUGGGAUGGCUCUUUGUGCCCAUCUACAUUAAAGCUGGGAUCGUCACCAUGCCUGAGUACUUGAAGAAGAGGUUUGGAGGACAGCGCAUUCGCAUUUAUCUCUCUGUUCUCUCCCUCUUCUUGUAUGUCUUCACCAAAAUCUCAGCAGACAUGUUCUCGGGUGCAAUUUUCAUCCAGCAGGCACUUGGGUUGAACAUCUACCUCGCUGUUAUUGCACUUCUAGCGAUUACGGCACUGUACACUGUCACAGGUGGACUGGCAGCAGUGAUCUACACGGACACUUUACAGACCAUCAUCAUGGUUAUUGGAUCAUUCAUUCUCAUGGGCUUUGCUUUCCAUGAGGUGGGAGGCUAUGUAAACUUUGAGAAACUCUACAUGCAAGCUAUCCCCUCAAUCACGGGUAACAUCAGUGCAAACUGCUAUGAGCCCCGGGCAGACUCCUUCCAUAUCUUCAGAAAUGCAGUUACAGGAGACCUCCCAUGGCCUGGUCUCGUGUUUGGACUCACCAUUCAAGCUACCUGGUACUGGUGUACUGAUCAGGUGAUUGUGCAGCGCUGCCUCUCUGCCAAGAGUCUCUCUCACGUUAAAGCAGGUUGUAUCCUAUGUGGUUACCUGAAGCUGCUGCCCAUGUUCCUCAUGGUUUUCCCCGGGAUGAUUAGCAGGAUCCUGUACACAGAUGUGGUAGCAUGUGUGGAUCCAACCGAAUGUGAAAAAUACUGUGGGACCAAGGUGGGCUGCAGCAAUAUCGCUUAUCCGAAACUGGUCGUCGAACUCAUGCCUGAUGGCUUGCGAGGUCUUAUGCUGUCUGUGAUGCUGGCCUCUUUGAUGAGCUCCCUUACCUCUAUCUUCAACAGUGCCAGUACUCUCUUCACCAUGGACAUCUACACUAAAAUCCGUCGCUCUGCUAGUGAGAAGGAACUCAUGAUUGCUGGCAGAGUUUUUAUCUUGGUCCUGAUUGGUGUGAGCAUAGCGUGGAUUCCAGUGGUGCAGGCAGCCCAAAGUGGUCAGCUCUUCGACUACAUCCAGUCCAUCACCAGCUUCCUAACUCCACCUGUCGCAGCUGUCUUCUUGCUUGCCAUCUUCUGCAAACGUGUCAAUGAGACUGGGGCCUUUUUUGGACUGGUAAUUGGACUGGUUAUUGGCUUGAUUAGGAUGAUUGCUGAGUUUGUUUAUGGGACAGGUAGCUGUGCUUCCCCCAGUAACUGUCCCACUAUCAUAUGUGGCGUUCACUACCUUUACUUUGGGAUCCUCCUGUUUGUCAUCUCCUGCGUCAUCAUUCUGACAGUGUCUCUCGUGACCAAACCCAUCGAUGACAAACAUCUGUACCGACUGUGCUGGAGCCUGAGAAACCGCACGGAGGAGAGGGUUGACCUUGAGAUGGAUGAUUGGGCUGAUAACCAAGAUUCCAGCAGUGAGGACUCAGACGAUGAUGAGCCUGGCUUCUGUAAGAAGGCGGUGAUGUGCUUCUGUGGCCUGGAAACCAAGAAAGCCCCCAAGCUGACUAAAGAAGAAGAGGAAGAGCUGCAAAGGAAGCUGACAGACACCUCAGAGGUGCCUCUGUGGAGGAACGUGGUCAAUGCCAACGCCAUCAUCCUUCUGUGUGUGUGCGUGUUCUGUCAUGGCUAUUUUGGCUAA